AUGAGAUACACUGGGAAUUUCUGGACCGUUUUCGAUAUUAAUUGUGAGUUUUAUGGCGUAGUAAUACGUGGAGAAACCGGCCAUAGAUCUUGUAUUGAGCUGUCAAACCAAAUCGAUACCAACAUGAUAAGUCCUGACCGAAAAGAAUACAAGGGCUAUAAGUGUCAGAGAAUGAUAUUCGGAGAAAGCUAUGUUCAAGCAUCUCUCUUAGCAGCACGCGAAGUAAAUAUAAGUAAGUCACAAGAAAAAGGAUAUCCUAUCAAGAUCUCGCGGCCAGGUGUUGAAAAAUGCAUGUACGAAUGGCCCUUAUUUCAAAAUAACCUCAUCUAUAGAUCUUGCUGCAUAAUCAAACGCCGCUCUAAACAUUUUAUCUGGUUUGAAGAUGAAAGUGAUCAAGUGCGUGUCAUUGAAACAGUUGAAUCUUCAUGGGCUGUAUGCCCAUUAAUAACAAAGACUAUUGUGUCUCGUACUGAACAUUUCAAUUCUAUCACCGCCCGCGAGCGCGUUGACCAUGAUAACAAGAAAAGCUACGACUGUAGCGGUCGGAUAUUCACGGAUUAUUACAUACAAGAAGUCUAUUCCACUUUGAAAAACUUGAUAUCUAGCGGACGCCAUCCCAAAUUUAAGAAAAGUAAUUAUCCUCAACUCGUGAACAUAGCUAAGAUAGACGCAACAAAUAAAGUCUGGACUUGGCGACUUCGUAUUCCAGAAGCAGACUUCCAAAACUCCGAGAUAAAAAUCAGCUACAUGUUAAUAAUGAGCCAAGAAUACCAAAUUCACGGUGUAUACCGAGUUAAUAAAGAAGCUUUCAUUCAAUGUAAGGCCAAAUAUGAACCGACUAUUUCUCAGGCAAAAGACACAUUUUUGAACAUGGACUUAAACAAAGGUUAUCCCUCUUGUGAGCGUUGUAAAGAUGUCACAGGAUGUAGUUGUGAAGUAAACUGGCAAGACCCAAAGCGGCAGAAAAUCUCAUAA